AACAUGCAAAAAGUCCCACAAAAAAGAAAAAAAAAGAAGAAAAUAGUGAGAGCGCAAUGGCGGCGGGAUUUUACUUUCUCGAAGCUCCGAAGAGGAGCCCGUACGUAAAACCCUAGGAAGCUCCAACGGAGUCGGCCAUGGCAAUGGCGUCGUCCUCCGCUCUCCGACCCUCUCUUCCCCUACGAUUCUGCCCCCCUCCACUCCGAAACCCCCUUUUCUCGCGAACCCUUUCGUGUCGAUUCCCUUCUACAAGAAGCUCCCCCCGAAAAGUGCUUCUGCGCAGCUGCGGCGGAGCUUGUUCUUCCUCCUUCGAUCCUGGAGGUCAUGCAUCUCUUAGUUUUUCCCGGUCGAAUUCCUCAUCUCUUGCAGCGGUUGGUGAUGCGACGGCAGUUCCUAGUGACAUUGGUGAAGACUUGCUGUCAAGCUCAAUGUUCUCUGGAAAUGCGACUCCAAAUCAAAAUUCAUCUGAAGAUAAUCAGGAAAAAAUAGAUGUGGAAGCUGACGAAAGAUAUAUGGACGACUCUAAAAUGAUAAGGAUUUGCGACAAACUAAUUGAAGUAUUCAUGGUUGACAAGCCAACAACAACUGACUGGAGAAGAUUAUUGGCUUUCAGCAGAGAAUGGGACAACAUCAGACCACACUUCUUUAAACGCUGCCAGGAAAGAGCUGAUGCUGAGGUUGAUCCAGAAAUGAGGCAUAAGCUUCUCCGACUUGGUAGGAAACUCAAAGAGAUAGAUGAAGAUGUGCAAAGGCAUAAUGAACUUCUUGCAGUAGUCAAGGGGGCACCGUCAGAAAUUAAUUCUAUUGUUGCUAAGCGCUGUAAAGAUUUCACAAAGGAAUUCUUUGUGCAUCUCCAUACUGUUGCAGAAUCUUAUUAUGAAAAUCCAGAAAAGCAAAAUGAGUUGGCAAAUCUCGGGAAUGUUUGUCUAGCCGCUGUACAAGCAUACGACAAUGCAUCAGAAAGCAUUGAGGCCUUGAAUGCUGCUGAGUUGAAGCUCCAGGAUAUUGUCAAUUCACCUUCUUUAGAUGCUGCUUGUAGAAAGAUAGACGAUUUAGCCGAGAAGAAGGAACUUGAUUCUGCACUAAUGUUGAUGCUUACUAAAGCUUGGUCGGCUGCCAAAGAAUCCAAUAUGAUGAAAGAUGAGGUAAAGGAUGUAUUGUAUCAUCUGUACAAGACUGCAGUUGGCAACCUUCAAAGGCUUAUGCCGAAAGAGAUCAGAAUACUCAAGUAUCUCCUUACAAUUGAGGAUCCUGAGGAACGAUUGAGUGCGCUAAGAGAUGCAUUUAUUCCUGGCGAUGAAUUACAAGAAAAGAAUGUGGACUACUUAUACACAACACCAGAAGCAUUGCACACUUGGAUAAGAACUGUAGUGGAUGCAUACAACUUCAGCAGAGAAGGCUCUCUUAUAAAGGAAGCACGGGAUUUGAUGAAUCCAAAGAUCAUUAAGAAACUGGAAGAGUUGAAAACACUAAUCCAAAACAAUUUUCUCUAGUUUGCAAUACCAUAAAAAUCACAGUAGCUAAAUCUUCUGGUGGUUUCAUUAAAGAUCCAAGCCACCGAACGCCAACUUUUGCUUCCCAGUUGCCUGAAAUGUAGUAGUGCAACUUAGAUAUUGCUCAGAUAGAGAAUUUGCAGCUUUUACAGCACAGUUGUAAAAUGUAUAUUUCUCUGUUUUUUUUUCCUUUUCCGGUUGAAUAAUUCCUUUGGUGCUUCGUAUGCCCUAUAUGAGAUUUUCAGAUGAGGGAAAUUUACAUAUGCAAUUCAGUGUACGUAAAGGGGAUCAUUUAUGACGUACCUGAGAAUUUCCAUUAUCUUCUAGGUCCUAGUAUGGGGUUCUAUGGUGCAAUUUUGGGACAGUUCAAUUCCGAGGAAGGCUAUUCACUGACCAUGCCUGGAGCAUUAUUAAUAUGUGGCUCAUUAGUGUCCAGCUGCAUUUGAGUCGUCACAUCAAAUAUCGUGCACAUCAAGUUAUAGCUACUAUGGAGACGAUUAAGUUAGGGCUUUUUUUUUGCAUAUGGUAUUAUCAUAUUGUUCAUCAGUAUUGGACUGUAUUCGAGUCAUUAUAUGAAGUUUUUUGUGCAUUGAGUUAUAAAUCCUACCAACAUGGUGGCGACGGUACCCAUCAGAGUACCAGGGCACCAUCCUGAGACAACAAGCAUUAAUUUCC